AUGGUUGGAACCUAUGAACAAAUAAUUGGUUAUGCCUUUUAUUUACACGUUGGAGGCACUUUUUGUUGGUUAAUUGCUUUUGUUUGUGCAAUUACAACAACUUAUAAAUUUAUUUCUUCUAAUGGAACACAGAGACAACUCUUCGUAUCGAAUGAUCGAGAAAAUGUUUAUCGACAUCCAGUUGUUGAAUGGCAACAACCCCAAAGAAUUAAUGGAAAUGGACGUUUAAUUGGAAGUAAUACACAAGUUUAGUUUUUUUGGAAGGGUUUUGUUUUGAUUUUUGAAAAUUAAUUGAAAAUUUGAUUUGAAAUGAAAAAAGGAAGGAAUUUAUGUUGAUACAGG